GCUAUGUCACUGUACGACGGAAUUGGAUUAAAUCUGGACUCGAAGCAGGAAACUGCGGGAUGGCAACAGUCGAGUUCAAUAAAACUGCUGCAGUCCCAAUUGGUGGCCAAAAAAGCAUCUCUCCAACAGAGGGCAAAGAGAGUCAUCCCUAAUUCAGCAUCAGUAACUGCUUCAACUCAGCAGUCAUCUGUGAUAGCCACUACUACAUUGCAGGAGAAUUCCUCUUCUCGAAAUGGAGACACUUCAGCAACACCCUCCCAAGACUCCACCGAAGUCUCAUCGUCGGCAACAAUACCUCUAGCUGGAACACCAGCUGGAUUCAGUUUCGCUUCCGGAGUUCCGGCUAUGGAAGAGUACGACCCAUUUAAACCCAAUGAUUACGAGGAAUCUAAAAAGAGGCAACAUCAGAUAUAUAUGCAGUCUAAACAGGCGAGGACAAGAAGACACGAUGACGAUGGUUCACCAGUUAAUAGAAGGCGUAGUUCACGUAGUCCAAAAGAUUCAGAUGGACCCACAUCCUCAAAGUUGUCUCGUGGAAACUCACCCCAACUUACAACUGGUCAGGACGAACAAGGAAACAACUCUCCUUCAAAUAAUACCACACAGUUAAAGAGCAAUCAGCCGAAUGACUCGACGCCGAUCGUGAACUCGUUUUUGGGAGCCAAUAAACUAAGUUUAGGAUUCGCAGGGCGGUAUUCGGACAGCGAAGAAGAAGAGUUUGAACCCGAGAAGAACAAGAAGUCAGUCGCUGAUAAUGAUCCCUCAAGAAAAGGCGCGGCCAUUGCACCUCCACAAGAGCAGUUGCAAGCGCAGGAGAAAAUGAUAGCGGCGAAUCCUAUUGUUGCAAGUGCAGUCCCGGAUAGACCUUAUGCCAAAAUAUUUCACAAAACGGACUCUUCUCUCCAAUUGGGCACAUCGGUCGCGGUCAACAUCAUGAAGAAGUUUGGCUACAAAGAGGGAGCUGGGUUGGGUAAAAGUGGCCAGGGCAUAGCGACUGCAUUGCAAGUGGAAAAAACGAGUAAAAGAGGUGGCAAAAUCAUCAAUGCAGAUUCGGAGGUGAGGGAAGCCGCUAGACGUGAACAAGAAGAGCAAGAGUCAAUCGCAGAGAUGAUGAAAAGACCCUCGAAGGUCAUCCUUCUAAAGAACAUGGUGGGUCCGGGGGAGGUGGACGAAGACCUGGAGCCGGAGACAGCGGAAGAGUGCAGCAAGUAUGGGGAUGUGGUCAAGGUGGUCAUCUUCGAGAUGCCCAAAGGACCACAGGCAUCUAUUGACGACGCAGUCCGAAUAUUCGUGCAGUUCAAACGCAUGGAGUCGGCUAUCAAAGCAAUCGUAGAUCUUAACGGCAGGUGGUUUGGAGGGCGGCAAGUCAGAGCCGCUUUUUAUGAAAUGGACAGAUUUGAGACUAUGGAACUAACAGACUGAAUGUAUUACAUAACUCAAUUGUUUUAACAAAUAGAUUGAAAUUUAUUUGGUUGAUUCUGAUUUAUUUUGUUUUCAGAUUUACUUGUCACAAAUUUAAGUAUUCAGUUUGA